AUGCCUUUGUCUGGCUCGCUAGACGCUGCACGUGGUGGCCGAGCCAGCAACCUCCUCAGUCCAGUUCACCGGCAGCGACUCUACCAGGCCAAGGCCGACUCUCUACCUCAUCCGAUUCAUGCCACUCGCAUCGACGUUGUAAGUAAAGGUUUGGUAGAAAAACAAAUUUAAUUUUUGUGGUGCUUUUUUCAAACUUUUUCUUUAUUUUUUUGAAAUUUUACAUUUUUCUGUGUAAUAUAAAGGUCAUAAAGAAUAGUACUUUGGAAAGGAUGUAUGAUUUGUUUAACUUUGUAUGACGAUAUUACUAACGAAUUCCAACUUACAGCUAGCCGACCAGUACACCUGUCGACCGGUGACAAUCGGAAUAACUGACGAUGAGUUCAUUUUCUACUCAAAAACAUUGGUCAAGGUAAGAUCGCUUCUUUAUAAUAUACACAGGCUCAUAUAAACCAUCGUUUCUCAUCACAAGUUGGUAAAAUUGUCAUAUGGCUACUGCGUUGCCUAGCUACUUUUAAAGUCACUUUUGGUUUAAAGUUACAUUUCUUUUUCAGAAUCCAACAACAGAAGCCGUGUUCGUCGAUGAAAUCGUCGACGUACACACCGGCCAUCUGGUCGAGGCUUCCAAGGCCAAGAGCGAUGCCCAAGUCCAGUCCAUGUUGAAUACCUCAGUGAUCCCCAUGAAUCCGGAGGAACGAUCUACGGCUCCAGAACGGAUCGUGACUGUCAUGUUCGGCGACUUCAUCCACCCUCAGCCCUUCGUAUUCAUGGCGACUACGGUGGCAGAAGCCAGUCAAUGGUGCAGUAUCCUACGUAAAUUGUCUUUGAAGUUCUACCAACAACCUCAGGAUGUGUUCUACUAUUGGAAGAGAAUGUUUGCGAAGGUCAGGUGCAUCAUGAAGCCAGAUCAGAUCGUCACCACCGAUUUGUGAGUUUAAAUUUUGUUGAUUUUCGAAGUUUUUUAAACUUUAAGAUCUUGAAAUUUUAAUUUUAAUUUGGUAACAACUUCAUAAUUCAAUUUUUCAGAAUUGUGGACACAGUAAUGCCAUGGCUAUCUAAACAACGAGAAGAUCGCCGCCUACUAGAAAAACAGCUUCAGCGACAUCUGCCAGUCCUCAAAGACAAGAAACGCAACACCUCCAACCUCCUGAAAGAUCCAGAAUUCCUCUUAAAGUUGUACAAGGUAAUUACUGGUCGAAAGGAGGUCGAUGACAUUUUUGGCAAAUCCUUCUCCCAUUCCAACGCUACUGUAGCCGAGUUCAGAACCUAUUUGAACGAAGAGCAUCGCGACAAACGGCUCAACGAAAUUCUAUUCCCUCCAGUAUCGGAAGAGUACGCGGCGCGCACGAUACGCAAGAAUCGGGUUGGAUCAGGUAUGUUGUUGUUGCUUUACAUUAUCUUAAAGAUGUAAAAAACGAAGUUUGUAGUAAAAGUUGAUAUAUUUUAUCCAAAGUUACCACAAGUUGUCUUUGCCAAGCCUUUUGCUACAGAAUUCCCAAGAGAAAAGUAAGAGACAGAGGUUAUAUGAUAUGACAAACAUAUCAUACAAAGUUUAAAGAAUAACAACAAUAUGAUACUGUUUAGACGAUGGCCUCACCAGCGACACAUACCUCCGCUUCCUGAUGUCAGAAUACAACGUUCCGGUGAGAACGGACGCUUUCGAUCUGAACGAGGACGACAUGAACAAACCCUUAUCUCAUUACUUUAUUAACUCAUCUCACAAUACCUACUUAAAAGGUAACAUUGGCUACAGAAACACAAUUUUAGAAGGUUAAAGCAAACUUUGUGUAACUUACAAAUAAUUUACAUUACAAUAUGUUUACUAAAACACUUUGACCACUAUGAUACCUCCUAAAAUCUCAAAGGUAGACCUAAAUCUCUUACAUUGUAGGCCGCCAAAUGAAGAGUAGGUCUUCGGUAGCAAUGUACCGUUACGCCCUGCUAGCCGGCUGCCGCUCCAUUGAACUGGACUGUUGGGACGGCCCCAACAAUGAGCCCAUUAUCACUCACGGCCCCACUCACAUCUGCUUCUGUACCACUAUACCAUUCAAGGAGGUGAUUGCUGCCAUUGCUGACACAGCUUUCAUUACCUCAGAAUACCCAGUGAUUCUGUCAUUCGAGAAUCACUGUAACCAGAAACAGCAGAUCAAGAUGGCCAAGUACUGUAAAGACAUACUGGGCAAUCUACUCCUGACUGAGACGUUGGACGACUAUCCGGUAAGAUAACCUUUUCAUGUUGUCUUCCUUUAACUUCAUUUUUGAGCUAUUAUACCGGUACUUUCAUAAAUUAAAAGCAUGCAAACGCAUAACUAAAAAAAUUUCCCGCUUACUCAACAAAUACAAUAGCUAACAGUCAUCAUAUUCAACGUCGCAUAGUGAAUAUAGCAUGAAUCACCAUGCAUAUUAUUGUUAUUUCAGUCUAUCUGCUCAAUCUCCAAGAAAUAUUUUAUUGUUCGCAAAGCAGAAUACCACAGUAACGUUUGCGUUUCAGAUCAAAGCCGGCGUUAAUUUACCCUCGCCCAACGUCUUAAAGCGUAAAAUUUUAAUAAAAAACAAGAUAGAGAAGAUCAGCAAUGACAAGCGAAUCAUGGACAAACAGACCUCGAUCGACUCGGGCGGAACAGAAGACGACACGAUCGAGCGGUCGGUUACACGCAUCUUCAUCGGAGAAACCGACGACGAGGAUCAGAUCGACCGAACCGCUCGGCUCAACGGAAUCACCGAAAACGUAAGCCAAAAUAUAGCGGUAUAAGAGGAAAAAUAUGGUCGUAUAUCAGAAUUAAAAAAACACAUAUCUAAAGCUGGAACAAGGAAAGAAAGCAUAAUAAUUGAACUUAUCACAAUAUGAUAUACAGCAAUAAGUUAAGACAACUGUCAUAACAAGUAAAAAAUAAAAUUCCAGAAUCAACCGUUAGUCACCGAGUUGUCAGAGCUGGUCACUUAUAUGCGAGCCAUGGGAAAAUUUACAUCUUUCGGCGAUUGUGAUUGUAAGUUCUCUUUUUCAAGCAAUUUUUAGCAUCAUGACCUAAGCAUGGUUCUAACAUCAACUUUAAUAUAAAAAACAGAAAGGCUAAUAACCUUAACAUUCAGCUCGCCAAAUCAGCUCGGAGAUGUACAGUAUGAACGAAACCAAAGCCAUCGACCUCCUAAAACAACAUGCCGAGCAGUUUGUGAACCACAACAAACGUCAGAUCACUCGAGUUUACCCUAAGGGCUCGAGAGUAGACUCCUCCAACUAUAUGCCUUUGAUCUUCUGGAAUUGUGGAUGUCAGAUGGCAGCGAUCAACCUACAGACCCCAGACCUUCCCAACCAGAUGAACAGUUCCUUCUUUGAUCUGAACGGGAAGAAAGGCUACAUUCUGAAGCCAGCGUGCAUGAGGAAGCCCAAUGCCAAGUUCGAUCCGUUCGAGUUGGAUCGGGUGGAGAAUGUCGUGCCCAAUUCGCUAACUAUCACUGUAAGUUAAAUUAAAAAAGUUUUUCCUUACCUUUUGAAUGAUGUAGAACAUCGAACGUUCAAAGAGAAGCAUAUGUAAAAGCUGUCGUCUAGUGAUAACAGACAAGAAAAAACUAUUAUAAAACCAUAAAAUCAUAAUAACAAUCUUACAGGUGAUAUCAGGUCAGUUAUUCUCAAUAUUAUGCGAGAAACGACCGUCCGUCUACGUAGAAGUCGAUCUAUACGGGUUACCGGGUGAUUCCCACAAAAAGAUGUUCAAGACACGAUCGACAGCUUCGGACGGUCUCAACACCAUCUUCAACGACGGUCAACAGAACUGCACCUUCAGUCUGGAGAAGAUCAUCCUCCCAGGCGUGGCGUUUGUCAGAUUCGGAGUUUAUGAAGACAACGGUCGACUGGUCGGUCAGAACUUCCUACCAGUAUCCUUCAUCCAGCCUGGCUACAAACACAUUCCACUCAAGAACAGCUUCAGCCGGAUUCUGGGCCCAGUUUCAUUGUUUGUUCACAUUGAUGUACAAGAUUAUGUCAGUGAUGCACACAGAGACCUGGUCAAUGCUCUACAGAAUCCAAUCGAAGCUAUGUCCAAAGUUAAAGGUCAGCCAAUGUUUUAAAAGCUAACAUAUUAUCCUUGGAGACUAAUCUUAUUUUUAAUCUUACGCGAGUAAAACCAAAAAUAAGUUUUAGAAGCUUACUUUUAAUUAGCGAUAAGAAGAGCUGCUUUCUGCAGUUUUACACCAAUGCUGUGCGAGUAUUACCUAAAAUAAACAAAACUGAACUUACCUUAAUUUCAGCGAUGGAAACAGCUCUUGAGAAUCCGACAAACUUCAUUUCACGUGAAGAACAACAUCAGCGACUGCUUGAGGUGCUCGAGAGUGCUGGCGAAGGGAAGAACAACUCUUUGGAUCAACAGAGUGUUCGUGGAUCAGUAGAUGAUCUCUCUAAGGAGCCAAACAGCCACAAGAAUUCACUGGUCGAGACUCAAGCCAGCUUCGACAGGGUAAGGGUCCGGAAACAUGUUUUCUCCACAGAUUUUAGCUAAUUCUUUUGAAUUCUUCCAAUUUACAGAAGAAAAGUUGUGGGCGCAUGUUGGAAAUUGGGUUUUUUUCGUAUAAGUUGUCACUUGAUAGAUAAAUAUUGAUAAAAUUAGAAACUUAUAUAAGGGCUGGGCUAAAAUACAGAAAAAAUAUGUUGCUUUAUGUCUAUAUUUGAAGUAAAACACGUAUAUCUUUAUAAAAUUUAACAGAAUAUUCCAAAAUCUUGAUUUUAUGUUGUUUUAGGGCAGUGUUGGUGGCAAAGAAUCUCCGCAUACCGCGCUUUCCAGCUUCAAUGACAAACGAAUUCAGACGGAACGAAAGUAUACGGUGUUGUCGGAGUUCGUAGCCAGUAGAAACUCGUUCUACGUGGAGAAGAUGGACGUGGGGUUACCUAAAAUGAGCGAUCUUGAGGACAGCCAAAAGAUCCAGAAGAUUAUCAGGAACCACAAUAAGAAGUACCCGGGUCUCUGGGCCGCGUACGAAUCUCAAACACAGUAUUCUGGGCCGUUGAGCGACAAACAAGCGGCUCAGGUCUUGAACAAACUCAUCAAGGAGGUCAGUUUGUAGUGUUUUCAUACCUAAAAUGUUAUUUUCGCUCUUUAAAGGUCUUAUACCGCAUUUUUGUACUAAAACGAUGUAUAUUAUGUAUAAUAUGCUUUCAAAGGUAACGUUUGUUGUUUUAGAAGAACGAAGGCCUUCUGAGUCUAAUAGAGUCGCACCGUAAGCGAAUGGUGAAGCGGAUCGAAAUGGCGUUUCAAAGCGAAACCAAACAGCUUCAGAAGAUCAACGCCAAGUCCAGACUGGAGGAGUUGAGUGGAAUCAACAAGAAAAGUAAUCCCAUCGAGUACAAACGUCUCUCCGACAAGUACGUUCGUCGUGGUGUUGAGGAGAACAGGAAGCUGUUGGUCAUCAAGAACAAAAAGAUCGACGAACUCAACGAACAUGUUCACGUCCAGAAGCUGGAGUUGGCACAGAUAACAGAAGAAGUAGGUUUUUUAUAGUUAUGCAUGGUUAGGGGGAACUAUGUUUCAAGGCUUGAUCUUUCAUACAGAACAAUAUUACUCAUACUCAAGCCACCGUAGCAUCAAUUCAUAUAAAGGUAUUACAAUUUCGCUCUAGAUACCAUAUUAUCGCUUCCUCUAAAGAUAUCGCAGUGCACACUCACUUAAAGUAGCAAUAAUCCUUAUCCAACAUACCAUAAUAUUAUUCACACUCAAGAUACCAUGAUAUUACCCCACCCAAACCCUUUACUACAACAUCCCCCCACCACAACCCACCCCGUUUCCUAGACAAUAUUACAGUAACUUUGAUGAUUUCAGUCACUUAACAAAGCGGGCAAGAUAUUUAACUCUUAA